AUGAAGCCUGCUAUCCCCCUUCAAAAGAAAAUACUCCGUGCCGGUUACCGGCUGUUACGUAUCUGUUGCUAUGCAGUAUUAAUAUUUGUGGCGUUGGAUUGCCUGUUCCCGGUAAACAGUACACUAGAGUUUGCCCCGCUGGUACGCACAAGGGAUGGAAAUGUCACCCACGCUUUUCUGACGCGCGACCAGCAAUGGCGUUUUGAAACCCGGCUGGAUGAGCUGACCCCGGAGCUGAAAGAAGCGAUUAUCUUUAAAGAAGACCGGUAUUUUCAUCAUCAUUUCGGGAUCAAUCCACUGGCCGUUGGCCGGGCUUUGAUCCAUAAUAUUUUCCGGUUAAAACGCACUUCCGGCGCGUCCACGAUUACCAUGCAGGUGGCGAGAUUGCAGGCACCCAAACGCCGUACCUACUUUAAUAAAGCCAUCGAAAUGUUCCGGGCCAUGCAGCUGGAAACACACUACAGCAAGGACGAGAUCCUGCGGCUGUACCUGAACCUCGUACCUUACGGAUCUAAUAUACAAGGUGUCAAAGCGGCGUCUCUGCUCUACUUUAAUAAGUCGCCGGAUCAGUUAUCAUUGGCGGAGCUGACGGCGCUGAGCAUUAUUCCCAACCGCCCUAAUUCGCUGGUCAUUGGGAAGGACAAUCCAAAAAUUGUGCUGGAGCGGAAUAAAUGGCUGCUGCGUUUUAAAGAGGCUAAGCUGUUUCCGCCACAGGUGAUUGAUGAUGCCUUAAAAGAACCCCUGGAUGCCUAUCGCCACAAUGCCCCCGAUGGCAUUCCGCAACUGGCCUGGCGCCUGCGCUUUAACCUGCCCGCUACGCUGGACAUUCACGCCACGAUUGAUCCCGGUAUGCAGUUGAAAGCAGAGCAGAUCGUUUACAGGUAUGUCGCCUCCCUGAAAUUACAGCAAGUGUUUAAUGCAGCUGUGAUCAUUACCGAUAACCGGACGCAUGAGGUGCUGACCUAUAUCGGCUCACCGGACUUUGACGAUCGUGCCCACCAGGGCCAGGUAGAUGGCGUAAAGGCCUUACGCUCGCCGGGCAGCACCCUGAAACCAUUCCUCUACGGCCUUGCUUAUGAUGCAGGGAUGAUCACUCCCCAAACCAUGAUUGCGGAUGUGCCCGUCAACCUCAACGGUUAUACGCCUGAAAAUUAUGACCUCCAGUUUCGUGGUAAUGUAUCGGUAGAUGAGGCCUUGCGGCAUUCGCUGAAUAUACCGGCGAUUAAAGUCAUAUCCCAUACUUUUCCUGGCAGGAUCAUACAAGAUAGCGCCGGCAAGCUGCUGUCCCAUACCGAGAAAGUUAUCUUCACGCACCCGCAGCUUGCCGGCGGUAAUACCAUUAUUAUCAAAAUCAACUUUAAUCGAAAACAGGUCCUUGGUCACCACCAUCACAUCCACAGAAUCCUCGGAGCCAGCUACGGAAAGCACCAGUAUACGGGCAUCCUGCAGAAAGUCGAGCGUACGCAGGUAAAGAUCAGGCACCGUCACCUGGGUCGCAACCUGGAAUCCGUGCUGAAGAAAGGCAUUGAAGAGCAGGAUGAAGAAAAGAAACAAGGCUUUACCCAGCAUAUCGGGUAUUAUAUGAAGCUGGCUUAUAGCAACUGGCAUAAAGAGCCGGCCUACGACGAUAUGAUCCGCAGCGAGCUGAGCCAGCUAACCAAGGGUGAACUCCAAUAUGAACCGGGUGGCUUUAAAGGCUAUCCGUACCAACCUGCUGCGAUCGGUAUUGACCAUACUUAUCAUUGCGUUUGGCAUUAUGGCCCUGGUUGGCAUUCUUACCGGCACGGAGGUGAUCAAAUCUGCCGUACUGAGCAAUUUCAGUGA